CGAGGCAGGAUCAGCUCUUUUAGUUCAUGUUACCUGUUGGCAGCCACAAAGUGAACCCAAGAGUCCCACACUUGGAUGGUUUUUGUGUGUAUGUACACGUGUGAGAGUGUGUGUGUUUGUGUCUAAAGGUGAUGAAAGCAGCAGGUGAUGAGGGAGAGGGGGCAGGCCACACCCCUUAGAGACAAGAGACAGGUAAACAAGAGCAGCUCCGCUCCAUCGCAGCCACGACACGGCCACUAAUGAUCUCCACGACGUCCAGCACGGCGGAGAUGGUGACACAGGGAAAAUUCCAGAUCAACGCCGAGGAAAAUGUGCAAGGUAAAUUUCAGCUUCUUCUUCUGCUUAUGAGUGAGAAUGAAUGAGUGGAGAAGGUGAAUUAUUCUGAAUCUGAGGGGUGUGCUUUAAACUAAAGAAAUUAACUCCACAAACUAAGAGAAAAUAUGAAUAACCAACUUAAUAGUUUCUGUUAAUUUAAAACUGUUUAUACUAUCUAAAUUACAAAAGCCAUUUAGCUGGAUCAAGCAGUGGUAACUGGAUCAAGCUGUUAGUCCUCUUAUAUACAGAAUUAUUUAUGAUCCGUUAUUGUUAUCAGCUGGAACUCCUUUUUAAUUCACUUUACCUACUAGAGCUUGAAGGAGCGUGUUCAGAAAAUAAACAUUUUAACAUGCUUGUGGAACAAAAAAACACAGCAUCACUCUAUAAAGUGUUUUUGUGGUUUCGGUCCUGCAGAAUAAAAUCGUAUUAUCUCCUAACAGAUAAUGUAAUCUAUGUUACUCUGCGGAUCAAUACUUCACAGUAAAAGUAUAUUUAUGGAUAAUACAUUAAUAGUCACAACAACAUCUCAUGACUCAGGUUGAACUAUCUUGACCUCCCUCUGAGAUUAAUUAAAUCUGCUGAUACUUGAGAUGUGUGGAUGCUCUGUGAAGGCUUUACUGCCUGACUGCAUGUUUUGACUCAUCUUCAAUAAAAGGUUCAGUCCCGCUGGGUCGUAUUACUGUGUAAUCGUGUGAACUAAACGAAUACAACAAUCCCUGCUCAUGUGUGCUGCUGAACAAAGGCGCUAUGGAAAUUAUGCAAAAUACUCUCUCUCUCUCUCUGUACUACUGCAGUUUCUCUCUCUCUCUCUGUUUGCAGAUAAAAACUCAGGCAGGCUGGGAUGUUGCGGUUGGAUGUUGGUGAUUAUUUCCCUCCUCUUUAUUGCAGCGACUUUCCCCGUCACAAUAUUCAUGUGUGUUAAGGUAAAGUCCUACUUCUACAUUAUGAUUCCUCUUGCCCAAACAGACUACCUUCUGCCUCCCCUGCAAAAGCCAGUACCCUUAGCAAAAAGAAGUGUACUUAAAGUUCAUCUUAUAAAGUUCUUUUUACUUAAAGUUCAUUUCACUUAAAGUUAUACUUAAAGUUCAUUUUAUAAAGUAUACUUGAGUAGAAGUAUAUCAAGUAUACUACCGACCAUGUACUUUUGGUGUACUACAAAGUAUACUAAUUUAAUACUUCUUUUUUAGUUUAUGAAAGUACACUUGAAGCAUACUUGAAAGUAAACUUCUUGGUAUACUAUUAGUUUUCUAGUAAUGAAUUUCUAGUCUCCUUUUUAGUUUAUAAAAGUACACUCUGAAGCAUACUUGAAAGUAAACUUCUUUGUAUACUAUUACUUUACUUGUAAUUAACUUCUAGUCUCCUUUUUAGUUGAUAAAAGUACACUUCCAUUCUGAAGCAUAAUUAAAUUACCUUUUUGGUAUGCUAUUAUUUCAAUAGUAGUACAUAUUUGUAUACUUGGCUUGUCUUUUUUAGAGUAUACUCUAUAAAAGUAUACUCUUACAAAGAAAUGUGGGAGUAUUCACUGACCAAGUAUACUUAGACACAAACUUUUGUUCAAGAUAUACUUAAGUAUGUAUUUGUGCCUUGAGUUUAAGUAUUCGUUAGAUAUAUUAAGACUUUAGUAUAAUUCUUAGUACAAGCCAAGUAUACUUAACAUUAACUUUGUAAACUAAAAGCAUACUUAGUUUAAAAACAGUAUACUUGAAGUACAGUUCAGCAUACUUCUUUUCGGUAAGGGUACCCCAGUCAAAAAAGUCUGGAUGGGUAUUUGAAUUACUGCUAAACUACUCACUAUAGUGAGUUUUGAUACAUGUAUUUCACUGUCUGUCUUUACUCUCUUUGUGUCUGAAUGACUCGAACAUCCAGAUAGUGCAGGAGUAUGAGAGAGCUGUCAUUUUCAGACUUGGGCGGAUAGCAGACAGGAAACCUAAAGGCCCAGGUUAGUCGGUGGGAUUUCUUACAUGCAUUAACACAUACUGUGGUGGGACAAGACUGGUUCAUUACUGAGAUAUCCUGUUUGUUAAGUCAUGUCAAAACUGGAUCCGAUUAGACCCAUAAUGCCUGGAAACUACCCCACCCAGAAGUUUUCAAUGCAUCUAAAUAAAUGCAGUAAAGCAGGAUAUUUCUUUCCUCGCAGGCCUUUUCUUUGUCCUGCCCUGCACCGAUAACUUCGUGAAGGUUGACCUGAGAACUGUAUCCUUUGACAUCCCUCCACAAGAGGUCAUAUUUUAGCAUUUGCUCAGUUUUAAUAACAUUUUACAAUCUUCUAUGCCUCUAAAUGCUCCCAUUAUUGCUCAGUGAUGGCGUAAAAAUGCAGUUUUGCAUAUUUUGCAGAUUCUGACCAAAGACUCAGUGACAGUGUGUGUGGACGGUGUGGUGUACUUCCGUAUCCAAUGCCCCAUCUCAUCUGUGGCCAACGUGUCCAACGCUCACUCGUCCACACGCCUGCUGGCUCAGACCACUUUGAGGAACGUACUCGGCACCAAAAACCUGGCAGAGCUGCUGUCUGACAGAGAGGGGAUAUCAGUCAGUAUGCAGGUGAGGAGAAAAUUAUACAGAGGAUGGAAGAGGAGUGAUAAAGUUCUACUUGGUGAGAGUAAAAGCACUUUAAAAAAAGGAAGAAGGAAGUCAAAUAUGAAGAUUUUCCCCUCAGUAUUUGAUGUUCAAAGACUAGUUACUGUGAUGACCUGUUGUAUGAUUCAUCCAGGAUGUCAUUAGCAGUGAGAAACCUUAGAAAAUGACAAACAAGUGACAUCUAUGCUCCCAAAAACCUGCACAGACGGGCUUAAACUCCCAGGUUGAUUUUAAUUUCGGGCUGCUUUGUUGUUCUUUAGUCAUAAGGGGGAAGAAAAAUCACAAAUGUGUCAGUAAAUAUUUGUCUCAUCCAGUAUUCAUGCAUCACUCAGCUCUAUUAGAUCUACUCCCAUUGAAAAAAUAACCUGGUUUUAAUCGCUGUCAGAGAGUCUUUGAAUAAAAACCACGUCUCCUCUUUGUAAGCAGCAGUUUUAGGGGUGAUGAGUUUGAGCUGAUGUGCUUUUGUGUGACUGCAGUUUUUGUUAUCAUUCGCCCUCCUGCAGGAAUCUCUGGAUGAAGCCACCGACCCGUGGGGCAUUAAGGUGGAGCGUGUGGAGAUAAAGGACGUGAAGCUGCCCCAUCAGCUGCAGAGAGCCAUGGCAGCAGAGGCCGAGGCCAGCAGAGAGGCCAGAGCCAAGGUGGAUUAAUGAAUAUUUAAUUUACUCUAUCUUGGCACACUCCGAGGAGGUCGUGUGCAGAAAUAAUGAACGUUUAUCUGUGUUCCAGAUCAUCGCCGCUGAGGGGGAGAUGAAGGCCUCUCGCGCCCUGAAAGAAGCCUCUCUGGUUAUCGCAGAGUCGCCGUCUGCUCUGCAGCUGAGAUACCUGCAGACCCUCAACAGCAUCGCAGCUGAGAAGAACUCCACCAUCAUCUUCCCUCUGCCCAUAGACAUGAUACAGAACUUAAUGCAGAGGAAGUGAUGCAGAUAAGAGCUUUACACUAUAUUAACACUAUUAUUGCUUAUAUAGAGUAUUUUUAACCAUUUCUGUGUGUGUUUGUUGAACUGCACUCUUAGAGAAAACUUUCUAUUUUUCUAGGAGCUCUAAUAUGUCAUUUAAAGAGAGGCAAAAUACAGUAACACAUUAUAUUAAAAGAUAUAUACAAAGCAGAAGUCAGGUGUACACUUAUUUUCUCAUUAUUCUUUAAUACUUAAAUACAAAGUGCAACAUUUAGACAUUAGUGUCUCAUCACUGAUCACAAUAAUUUAACCAGCUAAGCUACAGGUGCAGUUCUGGAGGAGGACAAACAAAUAAAUUAAUCCAUGAAAUGCACUAGAGGUGUAAACAAAAAGAAAGCACAUUAUAGACAUUAUAAAGACAUGCUUUCAUAGAAACUCAUCCUGAAACACUGAGGAGGGGAAUCUUGUAAACAAUGAAUAGAAGGACAGACGUUAACGUUUACAUCCUUCUCUGACGUUGGACGUAGACUGUAAACAAAAGUAGGGGUGUCCCGAUACGAUAUUGAUAUCGGAUAUCGGUCCGAUAUCAGCAAAAUAACGAAUAUCGGAUUAUUUGGACUGCAGCUAAAAUCUCCGAUAUCAGCACUCCGUUCAUUCCAGACUCCGCUCCAGCACCUCUAUCUAGCAGCGACCUGAUCCAGCAAGCUGAGCCCACAAAAUCACAACAACAGUGUGAACUAAUGCUGCAUUCAAGUUGUACUCAGGAGUCAGGAUUUCCGAGCUCUGAGUUGGAAAUUCAUCUGGAACGCCUCCCUGAAGUUGGAUUUCCAACUCGGAAAGUCGAAAGAUUCUCGCCAACCCUGACUUGACGACAACGUCAUAAUCCAAGACGGCAGCACAGUGCAUCAACAGUAAAGAGUAACAGUGAAAGCUCUCGUA